AUGAACCACCCUUCGGGCUUGACCACAACUUCGGAAGCCAACGUGCGAACCAACAAGCCUAUCUUCACGCAGGAAGUUGACGGUGACUUCUACAAUAUUCACUUUGAUCCGGAAAUGAUCCGCGAAGCUCUCGCCUUCAAGCCCCGUCCUGGUGACGUCAUUCAGAUGAGCUAUGCAUCCUCAGGCACGCGCUGGAUGCAGCAGAUGAUACAGCUCAUCGUCUACGAGGGAAGCAGCGCGAUCUCAUCCGACGAGGUCUGGGAGAGGUGCGCGAUCUUGGAGCACCGUGCAAAAGAAUUGGAUGCAUUCACGUCAUCGCCGCGUCUGAUUAUGACGCACAUUAGGCCGGGAAAGCUUGCUACAAUCCCGGAGGCCAAGUACAUCUACGUUGCCCGGAACCCGUGGGACGUUUGCUGCUCUUCGCACGGUAUUGCCAUGAAGCUGACUGAAAGCGCUUACCGGGUGCCCUUCGACGAAUACGUGCCGAUGUUUCUUGACGGGCGUGUGUCAGUCGGCCCGUACUUUGAACACGUGAAUGCUGCUUACUCGAGACGGCACGAUCCAAAUUUUUUCUUUGUCACUUACGAAGAGAUGAUAGCGGACUGUGGCGGCGUCGUGCUACGGCUGGCGGACUUCUUGGGUAACGACUUCGGCGAAUCUCUUCGUAACAAUCCCGAACUCCUCAGCGAUGUACUCAGGAAGUGCAGCGCCCCCUACAUGAGUGCCUUACACAGUGUUUCGAAAGAAAAGUUCAUUCGCAUGGCAUUCAAGAAUCCGAACAUCUCGCGCGAGGCCACAUUGAGAAGAACUGAAGGCCUCGAAGAGGCCGUCACUGCUGUCAGGAAGGCGAAGGCCGGGAACUGGAGAGGUACAUUUAGCAAGGCCGCGCUUAGAAUGACGAUAGAUAAGAUAAACUCAACUCCACAGGCUGAAUUCGUGAAGGAACUGUGGAAGGAUAUGUUCAACGAAAUUUGCCACACACUUGAGUAA